GCGUGCUUGUUGGAAUCUGAAAAUUGCUGAAAGUUCGUCGCGAAAAUGUGCGAAUACUAACAGCGGAGAGAUUCUGUGAUUUUGCGUAUUAUAGUCUUUAACUUAAUCUUAUUUGAUGCAGAGAGAAAUAGCUUUGUGGACACUGUUAGCCAAGAUUUUACAAAAGGUUGCCAAGGGUGUAUGCUCUAAGGUACUCGGAGCGCAUUAUUCUCCGUGGUCUAAUUUCUGCCUCUGAAAAGGGAAUUAGAAGAAAGAGUUCUAGCCAUUGCAGAAUAGCCAUGACACAAUUUCCAAAGAUAUGCCUUUUUUAUGGAUUUGUGCGAUUCCAAAGGAAGCAAAUUUCUGCGAUAAAUCGUCUGCAUAUACGAAAUGAUUGCUCAUUUUGUCCUUCAGUUAACAUUAACAUUUCUUUUCAUAGAAAACAGCCGUAUUUUCUAACAAGCACAAAGAUGUUCCACGAUGGCUUUAAACGGCAUUCCUUCAAAUCCAUGACAGCUAGAAAUAGUUCUUCUCUCUCAUCAGAGACAGCUAACGAGAAGAAAGCAGCCAUAAUCCAGAGUAGCUUGCUGAAACAGCGUUUCAUCUAUGUCCAAACAAGCGUUGAAAGAUGGCAAGACAUACCAGGUGGUGUAUUCCUGGACACUGCUUACCUUGACUCAUCACCAGGAGACAGAUUUAAUCCUGGAGAACCGGUAGUAGUCGGUCUACAUUCCAGUCCUGGUUCUUUCUAUGACUUACAACCAUUAUUGGAUGCCUGUGUAAAAUCAGGAUGCCGCGUUUUAGCACCAUCCUUUCCAGGCCAUGGUCUCACUGAAGGUGUUGAGAAAGAAUAUGAUGAUGUGUUUUCACAUACCACAGAUGAAAAAGCUGAGUUCAUAAUAGAUUUUUUAAGCAACCUUGGUGUAGAAAGGGUGGACCUACUUAUUGCCCAUGGGGCAGCUUGCUAUCCCGCCAUGCAAUUAGCCGCAGGAGCAAAGACAUCUAAAAUAUUCAAGUCAGCUGCUUUUCUCUCUCCAUGGCCACACCAGCCUUUCUAUGCAGCAAGAACACAGAAGCUUCUGAAGUUACUCGGUGAGAUGUGGGAGCGUCCAUUUUAUCGUCCUUUAUCUCGUGCUCUCUCCAAGCUUAUUCCAUGUGCAAGCCAGUGUAAAUCUUUGCAACGAAUGACUUUGGUGAACACUUUGAAAGUAGUUGACUUUAGUGAGGUGGGUGGAUUUGCCAUCGCGAUGGAUGUAAAGAAGUAUCCAUUUGUGAUGUUCUUUGCUGAAGAUGACAGCUAUAUUCAGUCAAAAUUUUCCUAUGAGUUGGCAGACCUGAUGGGUAUUCAGGAUAACAACAUAUAUCACUUUACUGGACAGCUGCAAAAAGGCCAGGUACAGAAUUUUCCAGCUUGCUUUGUGUUUGACAAGGGUGGACAAAAUGUUCAUCAGAUGUAUUCGGGCAUCAUCACUGCUGUCAUCCUUGAGCUUCUGAAUGCUGUUUACCCUAAAUUGAGGUGAUCAGAAAGGAAAAUAUCUGUUUUUGCCCAUUUCCUUUAAAGUUUAAAAGCCCUUGUGUAUAUCUGUGUUUUCAGAAUCUGUAAUGCCUAAAAGAAUUAAAUGCAUGUACAUGUAUGGAGUGUCAUCAUCAUGUUAUAUAGUAACACUAGAUCAGGUAUAUGAUUUCUGUUACAGAAAACAGUGUAGCUUAUUGUAAAUAUUGUACAGGUGUUUCCACACACCUGCAACUAACACAUCAAUAAAGAUUUUGAAAAUGCU